AACAAUACAAGAUGGCAGAACAAGCAACAGAACAGGAGAUCCUUCUCGCAAAGCGUAUCAUCUCGGCAGCAAAACGCCAUGAUGUUUCAGCCCUGAAGGUUGCGCUCAAGGAAGGCUCAGCCAACGUCCAAGAUCCCACAGCAACAGUUGCGACUUCGCCACUUCACGCAGCCAUUGCGUCCUGUGGCAAAGCUGAGGAGGGAAAAGAGGCGGACGAGAAUGCCAUUCAGACAAUCAACAUUCUGCUUGAGAACGGAGCCAUCUGGAACGACUUGAACAAGGAGGACGAGACACCAGGAUGUAUUGCCCUUCGCCUUGGUCAACAGAAGACCUACGACCUCAUGGUUGAGGCUGGUGUCCGCGCUGAGUUGCUGUUUGCCAAGAUGCAGGCCCUUGGUCUUGGAACCUCCGCAAUUGAGGUUGAGGAAGAGGAGGAAGAGGAGACUACCGAGGAGCAGCCCGCGGCCAAGAAGCAGAAGGUCUCUGAAGAUGAGGCGCAAGUUAUUACAGAAGCUGUCGAGCAGAAGGUCCUUGACGAUGUCUCUCUUGACAACAAGGCCUACAUCAGGUCUCAGCUCCGCUACAAGCCCGGUAUCUUACUUGAUGAGAGCGAUAACGCAGUCAUGAUGGACUGGGAAACCGAGAUCAUGCAGCGACACGCCGAGACCCUGAUUCCCAAGAAGGGUCUACGAACCAUGAACGUCGGUCAUGGAAUGGGCAUCGUCGACACAGCUAUCCUGACCCACGACCCCUCAGAACACCAUAUCAUCGAGGCUCACCCGCAAGUUCACCAGCGCCUGAGGGAGACCGGAUGGUACGACAAGCCCAAUGUUCACAUCCACGAGGGCCGCUGGCAAGACGUUCUGCCCAAGCUCGUUGAGCAGGGUGUUGUUCUGGAUGCUAUCUAUUACGACACAUUUGCCGAGGACUACGCAGCGCUCAAGGAGUUCUUCGCCGAGUACGUCAUCCAGCUGCUGGCGAAGGAUGGCAAAUUUGGAUGGUACAAUGGCCUUGGCGCUGACCGACAAAUCUGCUACGAUGUCUACACCAAGGUUUCCGAGAUCGAUCUGUACGAAGCUGGCUUCGACACAACUUGGGAGGAAAUUAAGGUGCCCGCGGGUCUGCACGGAAGCAAGGAAUGGGAAGGCACAAGGAGGCCAUACUGGACUAUUGACGUAUACCGUCUGCCAGUGAACACCUUCUUGAAGUAAGCAGUAUGUUGUUUUGAGGUGUUCAGGACUUGGCAUUAGACAGGCCAAUUGGCUAGGAAAAAGCAAACCACGAAUAAAUGCAUGAUACGCAGCACAACAAGGAACACGAGAGCUAUAGAAGGGACCAUCAGAAUGCUCG